UCGCAAGCUCUCACGGGAGGAAAGCUGACCUGUUCCGACAAAACCGAGCAAGUACGUUUCCUCUCUCUCUCUCUCUCUCUCCGUUGAGAUCAGAUCAUUCGGAAACUCCCAAACCAGAAGAAGAACAAAUCCGAUCGUAGAUCCAUGGAGAGAAGAAAGACAUUCAGAUCAACGGGCGAGAUCUUUCUACUCCUAGUUUUCUUCUUUGGCUUCUUUCGCUAUCUCUCGGCCCUCUCCAUCACCGUGAACGACGUGGAGUGCGUAUACGAAUACGUACUGUACGAAGGCGAUACCGUAUCCGGGAACUUCGUCGUCGUUGAUCACGACAUCUUUUGGAGCUCCGAUCAUCCUGGCAUCGAUCUCACCGUGACAUCUCCAGGUGGUAAUACUGUGCACCAAUUGAAGGGAACAUCUGGGGACAAGUUUGAGUUCAAGGCUCCAAGAAGUGGAAUGUACAAGUUCUGUUUUCAAAAUCCUUACUCAACACCAGAGACUGUAUCUUUCUACAUCCAUGUCGGACAUAUUCCCAAUGAGCAUGACCUUGCCAAAGACGAGCAUUUGGAUCCUGUUAAUGUGAAGAUUGCAGAGCUUAGAGAGGCAUUGGAGUCUGUUUCAGCAGAGCAGCAAUACUUGAAAGCACGUGAUGCUCGUCAUCGUCAUACAAACGAGAGCACUAGGAGGCGUCUUCUCUUCUAUACGCUUGCUGAGUACCUUGCGUUGGCAUGUGCAAGUGGGCUUCAGGUAGUUUAUAUCCGACGUCUGUUCAGCAAGUCAGUUGCCUACAACAGGGUAUAAUGCGGAGUACAUUUUGUCUUCCAUGUUAUUUAUCAGAAAGGGAAAACAAUUGUUCUGCCUUAAUGACUCUUCAAUAUUUGUAGACUUUUUGAUGUAUUAGGAAUGUACUUAGUAAUAAAAUUAAGUGCUUUUCAUAAUAUCCUGAUCACCACUCUACGAUUAAGCUAUAAUCUAGUUGCUAGAUGUUGUAAUGAAAGGAAUGGGUUAUAUGUUAAGCUAUUUGUGAAUGCAUAUUUCUUUUAGCUA